AUGUUUAAGUCUGGAGUCUGUGAAGUCGUUAUGACUUAUAUUUCCCGAAGGACGAGGAUAAUCGAUUCCCGUUAUUUGGAUGAUAGUGAUGCUGAAUACAAAUUACGAGCAACAAGAAAAAGAAGCGAUGGGAGGCUCAAAAAAUACAGUUCCUGCGAUGACCUCAGAGCUUGGUCCACUAAUUAUUGUAUAUUUAACGAAUACCUAUUGGACUUGAUGUCAGAUGGAGAGGCCAAUGGUAAAUCACCUGUUCAUUUAUACGGGAGGUACAUUCCGGUACCAAUUUUGUUUAAAGUAUUGCAAGAUAAAAAUUUUGGACAAAAUUUAAGAAGGCUCAAUAUUGGUUCUAAUAGUAUUGAUGAAGGGGGAACUUUAAGAAAGCUCAAUAUUCGUCCUAAUAAUGUUGAUGAAGGUGGUGGAACUUUAAGAAGGCUCAAUGUUGGUCCUAAUAAUGUUGAUGAAAGUGGUAAAACUUUAAGAAGGCGAAGUAUUGAUCCUAAUAAUAUUGAUGAAGGUGGUGGAACUUUAAGAAGGCUGAGUAUUGAUCCCAAUAAUAUUGAUCAAAGUGGAGCUUUAAGAAAACGCAAUGCUGUACCUAAUUCAAUAGAUGAAAAGGAAAAUCUAUGGAAAGCUCAAUGCAAAAAAUACAUAUUUGAAAAAAAAUUUUUUGAAUGUAUUGCUCUUUUAUGUAAAGCUGUUAGCAGACUUGAAAAAAUCGAUUACGUACUUUGCACAAACGAAGAUAAUGAUAAUAUUGAAAAUUUAAAAAUCCGAACGGUUUGUCGUUAUGCGAAAUCAGGAAAUAGUUUUGAUAUUACCGAAUCACGUUCGACAGUAAAUACACAAAUUUGUUCGAGUCUUACGAAAAUUGAAGAAUUAGAUAAAAGCACCGAACUCGUUAAUAAAAUAACUAACUUAAGGUUAAAAUUGGAUGACAUUCAAUUGAAACGUGAUAAAAUCAAUCAGCAAAUAAGAAUUCAAAUGAUGAUGUUGAAUCAAUGUAAUUCGAGACCUCAGGUUACGCAGCUUUACAAUAGAAAAGAUCAGGAAACGUUAAAAAGAUUGCAAAAACAAAAAGAAAAAAUUAUAUCUGAAAAAGGAAGAUUGUUGUUCGCAUUGACAAAUGCCAUUAUUCAUCUAAAUAAAAAAAAAAAAUUAGAUUCUUCUAAAUCGAAAACUUCAAUUAAAAAUAAUUCUAAAUCAAGUUCGAAAGUUGAAAGUAUUAAAAACGUGAAUUGCGAUUGCGGAUGGCGAAGGACAAGUUGUGUCGAAUCAUCUUCAGCAAAUUCAUUAGAUGAAUCAUUUAAUUGUGAUACUUAUAAUAAUAAUAGUAAUAAUAAUAAUAAUAAUAAUAAUAAUAAUAAUAAUAAUACAAUCAAUGAAAGUUUCGUAUCCGACAAUGGUAAUGGUAGAUUAGGACCACGUUACGAAGACAAUCCAAAUUCAAACCGGGGGAGUUAUCAAGACGAAAUGCAAAAUUCCGAAAAUUUAAAACCAGUAAGAGAUUCAAAAAAUUAUAAUUGGAAUGAAUCGAAUAAUUUAAAUAAUAGUAAUAAUAAUAGUAAUAAUAAUUAUAAUAAUUAUAAUAAUACAACAAAUUCAAAAAAUCAAAAUAGAAAAUCAUCUGUAGAAUUGAAAAGCUAUGGAAAAAAUAAUUGUGGAAAAUCACAAACCGUACAAAAAUUAAGAUUUGUUUGCCCCCCGAAAAAAACUGAAAAAAAAGAAUUAAUCGAAUUAUAUGAAAACAAGCAAAACGUUUACAAUUUAGAUGAUCAACAAAACAGUUCAAAAAAUAUAGAAAAUCAAUUACGUCAAAACACAACCGAGAGACCUUCUACGUCACCGGGUGACGGUCCAUCUAAAACGGUACCGGAACGUAAAAUAAAAUCGGAAACGACGAUGGAAGAAAUUGAAAAAGCAUUGAGAAAUUAUGAAACACGAUUAAAGUGCCUCGAUUCGUUAGAACCCAAAGUUAGGAAAUUAAAAAAAAAAUUAAUUGAAAAUAAUAUUAAAGAAAAAGAAUGGGAAAGGGAAAAAUUAAAAAAUAGAAUGACGAGAGAAGUUGAAAAAGAAAAAUCCAAUCGUCAAAUGUCUGAAUUAUGUUCGGAAAAUUGGACGUUAAAAAAACAAAUGAUUACUUUAAAAUCAAAAUUCGCUGCACAAAUGAAAAAAAUGGAAGGUUUUAAAAACAAACAACAAAAAUUAAUUGAAAACGAUGUUGAAAAAGAAGAAUUGAAAAAAGAAUUGAUGCGUUAUCGUCAAAAUUUGGACGAACAAAGGAAAUGCAUAAAAAUGUUACAAAACGUCGUGGAAGAUCAAAAAACUGAAAUUCAAAAAUUAUUGGGCCUCAUAAAUAAUUUGACAUCGAUAAAGGAGAAAUAUCAAAAUGAAAGAUUUGAUUUCAAUAUUUAUUUUAUUUUAUUUUUUUUAAAUGAUGAAUGA